UUAAUUUUGCCCGGGGUCCAUCCAAGAAGCUCAGGGCAGUUUAGGUGAUUUAAUUUGCAAGGUUGGCUAAGACCCCAGGCAGUAAGGAGGCCUAUGGUCACCAAAUGAGCGCCUCUUGUGAAGAUGCUGGUCUACUGCGCUGUUCCCGACCCUCCACUUUUCUGUCCUCGCCCCUCCGGCUGCGACCUCUCCAUUACACCUGUCCCGUUUUCCGCAGGUUGCCCAGCGCGCACGCGCUGCCAUUUCUUGCUCUUGCUCUCGCCCUCUCCUCGCCCCGGGCGUCCGCCACCCUGUCCUUGCCCGGGCAGCUGCGCCCCUCUCCCCGUCCGCGGGCUCCCAGCGCCAAGGUCCUGGCAGCGCCCUCUGCCGAUCGCUGGCGCUGACGUGUGGCCAUGCCGACCACUCCCUCCCCAGUCUCCGCCCGCACGUUGUCAGAGCCGGGAAGCCGCCGUAGCGCUGCCGUCUCCUCAGCCUUUGCUUCUUGCCGGUAACUAGAGCACGAGCCGGGCGCGCUCCUUGCCUUGCUGUCCGGGGCGGCCCGCGCCAUUAUGUCUGGUGCCGUCCCGCUCCUCUUGCUGCUGCUCUGCUUGGCCCAGCGCCGCGUCUCCCUCGCCGGGCCCACCGCUUCGUCCCUGGAGACCGCGGCGGACCCCUGCCUCAGCCAGCCCUGCAAGAACAACGGCACCUGCUCGCCGGUCUUAGCCAAACUGCCCGCCGCGCCCCACCGCCUGCCGUUGCUUUUUCUUUCGCCUCAGCCUGCUUAUAGCUGCCUCUGUCGCCCGGGGGUCACCGGCACCGAAUGCCAGUUUGUUUCAGAUCCAUGUGCCAGCAACCCUUGUCACCAUGGCAACUGCACUAGUAAUGGGGAUGGAUAUCUCUGUGUUUGUAAUACUGGCUAUGAAGGUACAAACUGUGAAUAUUCAUUUUAUGGUUCCCCAGUGUCUGGGUGGACGGAAUCAGAGUUGCCAAGUGAAAAUAGGCCAGGAGCAGCCACCAUGGAACCAGACAUUAUCCUCCCACGAGCCCAAGCAACAGUGACACUACCAACAUGGGAGCCCAAGGAGGGCCAGAAACUUGUGGAUCUGAAAUGGGAUGAAGUAGAAAUAAUCCCUGAUGUAGCCUGUGGAAAUGCCAGCUCUAAUAAUUCUGGUGGGGGUCGCCUAAUAUCUUUUGAAGUUCCACAAAAUACUUCAAUAAAUAUAAGGCACGAUGCCACUGCUUCCCUUAUCCUACUAUGGAAGGUGACCACAGAAAGAUUUAAACAAUGCUCACUUAUAGAUGCCACAAGCAUUACUCUUCUCCAAGCAAUGGGUGGACUUGUCCUAGCAGAGGAGAUGCUGGAAUUGGGAAACAAUUAUUUCAUUGGUUUUGUGAAUGAUUCUAUUUCCAAAUGCAUCGUGGCAUUACGCUUGACAGUCAUAGUAAAAGUCAGCAUGUGUUUGCCUGGAGGAAUCCAGUCUGAUGGCUUUCAGUGUUCUGGGAAAGGCAAAUGUAUUACAAGAGCAUCUGAGGCAACAUUUUUCUGUGACUGUGACAAUGAAUACCUGGGUGUUUUCUGUGAAGAAUUUAAUGCCUGUCAAAGCAACUCUUGUCAGAAUAAUGGAACUUGCAUGGAUAUGGCAGAAAAACAUGUUGGAAAAAAUUUCUCCUGUACUUGUCUUCCUGGAUAUACUGGGGGAAUGUGUCAGUCAGAGAUUGACUAUUGCACUCAGCAGCCUUGCCAGAAUGGAGGGACUUGCUAUUCCAGUAGCAGUGGAUUCAAUUGCCAAUGUUCAGCAGGAUUCCUGGGACCAACUUGUGCAGAAAAAGUCGAUUAUUGUGCUUCAUUUCCUUGUCAGAACAAUGGGACCUGUUAUCCAGAUCGAUUCUCCUAUUCUUGCAGCUGCAGUCCAGGUUUUACAGGACCUACCUGUGCCCACCUGAUUGACUUCUGUGCUCUGAAUCCUUGUGCUCAUGGCAGUUGUCGCAGUGUUGGAACAAGUUAUAAAUGUCUCUGUAUUCCGGCUAGAGGAUCGGCCAUCUUACAGGACGAUCUUUACUCCGUUGGCCCUAAGGAGUCAGCUGGAGCCGCAGGAGAUGAUGCCGCCCUCCCGCAGUCACCAGCAAGCUCCCUCAUCAAAUGGGAAAAAAUAAAAGCGAAACUCUAUAUUAAAAUACUUGGAUGGCUUUCAACAAUGAAAGAAUUCACUUACCCAAAUUUAAUUAACUACGAGAAAGGUGUGACCUAUAAAGAUAUUUUGGACAAUGAAGUGAAACUGAAAGAUAGACAAGAUUUACAAGAACAAGUGGCAUAUUACAAUGCUGUUCACUCCAGCACAAGGUACAGCCCCUUUCAUGGGACAGGUAUUCAACCCUAUGCCCAACUACCUACCAGUGAGCCCCCCAUCCUUUCCCUUAAGGAAUGGAUGAAUCAGUUGCAAAAUACCUGGCCAAUAGUCAGAAAAGCCCUAGACGAAGCCAGGAAUGCUUAUAAAGCUCAAGCAGAUAAAAAGAGAAGGGAACCCAAACCUUUUAAUAUUGGGGACAAAAUCUAUUUAUCAACUAGGUUUUUGCAAUCACUGCAAUCUUCCAAGAAGUUAGGACCCAAAUUUGUAGGUCCCUUCCCAAUCAAACACAUCAUCAAUCCAGUUACUGUGGAACUGGAACUUCCUAAGAUUUUAAGACAGAUUCAUCCAGUGUUUCAUUCUAGCUUGCUGAAGCCCGAGAUAACCUCAUCUUUAAGGCCAACAGUACCUCUUACACCACAGCCCAUUAUGAUGGAAGGUGAACAACACUUUGAGAUUAAAGAAAUCUUGGACUCACAUAAAGAUCAUGGAGUUGUCCAAUAUUUGAUAGCCUGGAAAGAUUUUCCAGCUUCCCAGAAGGAAUGUGUUCACAAAAAACAUGUUAGGGCCCCAAAGCUACUUAAACGCUUUCAUGAACACUAUCCUGAUAAACCCUCCUAA